AUCACGAUGAAUGGACCUAGUGUACCUAUAAUUACAUUAGCUGGGGUACAAAGUUUAACUGACCUUCUGUUGGAGUUGCCUCUUCCAACACCACGGCCAGGUGUAACUGGACAGCAGAGUCUUCUGUCACAUUUAAGUGAUCCAGAAGAGGCUAGAAGACUAUUAAACACCCAGGAAUCAUCACUUACUCCAUCACUCACUAAUGCCCUUGCCCAUACAUCUACUGGCCAUAUUGAGGUAAAAGAUGGCUACUAUGGCGGUGGUGCUCUCAGUGGGCAAGUUUCCCAGCUUAUGCAGUACUUACUUAGUACCAACCCUAGCCUUUUCAAAGGCUCACUCCAAGGACAGAAUAGAAGUGCUGAUCAUCCUCCUGUUCAACCUUCUAAUAGUGCAGUACACUCACAAUCACAUGCUUUUAGUGCUAGUGCAUCUUCACCUUGUCAACCCCAUCCUGCUCAAGACAGCAGUCCACAUUAUUUUCCACUCGAGCACCCACCAACACCGCAAGGUGCAAGAAUUGUUCAAAACAGAACACUAAAUGCAGUACCACCUGUAGCAUACUCUCCUUAUGCAGAUCCUGUGGUAUCAUCUGGCCAGCAUCAAAUCACUCCUCUUCAUCAUAAUGUCAUGAACCAAGGAACGGCUGAUUCCUUAUCCUCCGAUUUACAGGAAAUAUUUCAAUCCUCCCUUCUUAAUCAAACAUCACCAGCAGGACAUCCAUUUAUGAAUGGAAAUUGUGUCGAUGAAGUUAAUCUCUCUGCAAUUAAUGCAGAACAAAGUAAUAGGACAGAAAGUCAAAUGCUUAAUACAGCACAAGUGAUAGGAGGCUUAACACCAAAUUGUUCUGUCCUUUUAUCACCUCUUAACAAGCCAAAUGAUACAGCCUUAUCAUCCUCAUCUACAGUUGCGCAGCACAUUAACUCAUCAAAUGUUACAACUGAACCGUCUGCUUCUCCAAUGCAACAGUGGCAAAAUGCUCCAAGUAAUUCAAAUGAUGCAUCUCAAUCAGAUUCCUUGUCUAAAGCCUCUGUUAUGAACAAUGGCGUGAGCACAUCUGUAGUUGGAAACGAUAUUCGGCCAUCAUCUUUGUCUGAACCAGUUAAUGAUAACCAAAUGGUGAAUCAUGUGGAAUCAAUUGAAGCAAAUGGAAAAGCUUUUCUACCUAGUAAAGGAAAGGUAAAUGCUGAACCUCUUGUAGUUCUGUCUAAAGUUAAUGUUGAAGAAACGAAAGGAAAGGGCAAGAAUGCUUCUUCAUCUUCAAAAUCAAAUGACAAACAAAAAGCUCCAAAUGAUCCUGAAAUUGCUUCGCUAAAGGUGAAUAAUCAAGAAUCCAAAGGAAAAGGAAAAAAUCCCUCCCCACCUGCAAUUUCAAAUGACAAAAUUGCUGCUGGACCUUUGGUUAUGCUAUCAAAAUUGAGUGUUGAAGAUCAACUACUGGCAGAAAAAAGUGUUAAGCAAUUUAUCAAAAAGAAGAAACUUUCAGGUCCUGAACCAGUUCAAAAACCUUCACAAAGCAAAAGUUCUGAAUCUAAUAAUCAAAGAAGAAAAUCAACUUCAAAAGAACCUGAAAUAAGAAGCUCGCCUUCAAAGAGAGGCCGAAAUAGUGAACAACAAAUCUUUAGUAGCCGAAAAAAUUCAGAGGAUGUUAAAGAAAGGGGCACUAAGAGAAGUAGUAGUGUUUUAGAUGAGAAGGUUAAUCAUAAUGCAAGUACAUCAGGUGAGAGAGUAAAGCGAAGAAAAAAGCAAGUUGCCUAUAUUGAAUCUUCUGGAUCAGAAGAUGAAAAAGAUGACAAAAACGAUGAUGAUGAUGAUGAUUACAGAGAUGAAUCCCCAUCUAAAUCUCCUGUUGCUGCAACAUCUACUAAAGUAAAAAAGAUAAAAAAUAAAAGAGUUAAAAAAGAAGAGCCUAUGUCUAUUGAAGAUUUGAUGGAUUCUAAUACUUAUCAACACUUCUCAAGAAUUGUUGAUAAUAUUUUUGAUGCAAUGGCAGAUGUUGAUUUUACUACAGCAAUAGAUGAGGAUGCUGAAUGUGCAACAGAGGUCUUAAUACCUUUACCUCAGUUGCAGGAAUUAAGUAAUGAAGCUGCAAAACUGAAAAGGUUACAUGCAAUGAAUCAGUUCCCUCCUGAAAGAUUAGUGCGAUUGCUUGCAAUCUUAGAAAGAAACAUAAUUGAUGGGGCUAAAUUGCUUCCCGUACAAAGUAUGGAAGAUCAGGAUGAAGAGGAAGCACGUUUGUGGCUUGAAUUAACCAUGGAAAGAGUUAUGCGUAGUGCUGAUGCAUCAUUGACAGCUCUCUAUGUCAUGACCUCUAAAGAUAUGCCUGAAAAGGUGUUUCUGGAAGAUGUGAUUGAGAGAAUAGUAGUUUUCCUGAAAUUUCAACUACAAAAUACCGUUUUUCCAGUGUUUGAUCCUGCUUAUAGACUUGACCCCAAAUCAAAGGAUGGAUAUGCAGGUAAUAUCAAACAAAAAAGAGCUCAUGCUCAUAAAGUGAAAGAAAAAUCGACAUUGCAAUUGUACAACAAGUUACAUGAAUCUGUCAGACUUUUGUCUGAGUUAUUAGAGUUGCAAACUCUGACUGAUACCAUCAUUUUGCAAGUUUCAACCCUAGGAGUCAGUCCUUUCUUUGUUGAAGGUAUUAGUGAGUUGCAGUUAAAUUCUCUGCAUCUUGUAACUACAGUUUUCUCUCGAUAUGAUAAACACAGGCAACUCAUAUUAGAAGACAUAUUAGCAUCAAUAGCUAGGUUACCAACAAGCAAAAGAAGUCUUCGAAAUUAUCGUUUAAAUUCUGAAGAAAAUAUUCAGAUGCUUACAGCGUUGGUGUUGCAGUUGAUUCAUAGUGUUGUAAAAUUACCUGAACCUGAAUCUCCUCGAACAGAAGAUUCUCUUAGUGAGGAACGCCCAAAACUUCCUGAAACUAAGGAAAAAGUUUAUGUUGAUAAAGAUGUUCUUAUAACAAUGUCUUAUGAAGCAUCAGUGACAACAGCUGUCAAUUUCCUCUCUGUUUUCUUGAGAAAAUGUGGUACGAAAAAUGAAGAAAUGGAUUAUAGGCCGUUAUUUGAAAACUUUGUUCAAGAUUUAUUGAGUACAGUUAACAAACCAGAAUGGCCAGCAUCAGAACUGCUAUUGUCACUUCUUGGGAGAAUUCUUGUGAAAAAUUUCAGUAAUAAAUCAAUGGAAAUGACACUUCGAGUUGCUUCUCUAGAUUACUUAGGAGUUGUAGCUGCACGUUUGCGUAAAGAUGCUGUUAGUAGCCAAGAUCGUAAAGAUAUGAUUAAUGAUGUUAUUCAGCGCAUUGUUUCUGGUAGUGAGGAUGCUGAUAAAAGUCCUUCCAAGAACAAGAAGAAAAAUAAAAACAAACCUGUUAAACGAGAUGAGGCCCAAAUACUUCAAAAAGCUCUUCUUCAAUAUCUUGAUUCAAAUGCAGCAAAUGAUCCAGCUCUUCAGUUUUCUCGUAGAUUUUACAUUGCUCAGUGGUAUCGCGAUGCUGCAACUGAAAUCAAGAGAUCUGAUAAAUGCUUAAAUUUUUCGUCUAAAGACGAAAGUGAUAAAUCUGAACCAAGUACACCCAAAGGUAAAAGCAGACCUAGUCGAUCUGGUACUCCUGCAAGAAGAUCAUCCAAUGUUAUCCAAGAAGAGGAUGAAGAGGAAGAGAAAGAAAAAGAAGAAUCAAAGUUAGAAAAUGAUGAGGUCAAUGCUAAAGUUCUUGCACUUGCAGAAGAGAGAAAAAGAUUCUUGUUAACAGUUAUUAAAAGACAAGAACAACCAAAAAUUAACAUGAAAGAAGAGGAACAUAUUGAUUAUGAAACUGCAGAAUUAAUAUCUCAAUAUUUAGCAUCAACACGCCAUUUUUCUAAGAGUUUUGAUUUGUAUCUAUCUCAGAUUUUACGUGUACUUAGUGAAACAGCUGUGGCAGUUCGCACCAAGGCCAUGAAAUGUUUGACUCUUGUAGUCGAAGCUGAUCCGAGUAUUUUGUCUCGUACGGAUAUGCAGAAGGGUGUUCAUGGUAGACUGCUGGAUCAAUCAACGAGUGUUCGAGAAGCUGCGGUGGACUUGUUGGGCAAAUUCAUUUUAAUCCGUCCUGAGCUCAUAAACCAAUAUUAUGAAAUGCUUACUGAGCGAAUUUUAGAUACAGGUGUUAGUGUCAGAAAAAGAGUAAUCAAAAUUUUAAAGGAUAUUUGUCUUGAGCAGCCUGAUUUCCCAAAAACUUCAGAACUCUGUGUUAAAAUUAUUCGUCGUGUCAAUGAUGAAGAUGGUAUAAAGAAACUGGUAGGUGAAGUUUUCCAAAGUAUGUGGUUUACACCUACUUCAGAGAAAAAACCAGAACGUAUUCUCCAAAAAGUUAAAAACAUAACCCAUGUUGUUGAAGCUUGUAGAGAUACUGGAUUAGAAUGGUUUGAACAGCUACUUACAAAUCUGUUAAAAAACAAAGAAGAUGCUAAUUAUAAAUCUGUAGUUAAGUCUUGUAAACAGAUAGUAGAUUGUUUGGUUGAGAAUCUUUUGCAGUUAGAAGAGUCCUCUCAAAAUGUAGAUGGUGGAGCUAGUCCACAUCUUGUUGCUUGCUUAGCGACUCUGCAUUUGUUCAGCAAAAUACAACCUCAUUUUGUUGUUCCUCAUGCUACUACUAUUCAGCCAUAUCUCAGUAUGAAAUGCAAUACACAAUCUGAUUUUCUUCUGCUGAAAAAUGUUGCACAAACACUUGAAAUUAUUGUGCCGCUUAUAGAACAUCCCAGUGAGUCUUUUUUGGCUCAGAUAGAAGAAGAUAUGGUGAAAUUAAUUCUUCGUCAACACAUGGGAUUGCUUCCCAGCUGUGUUGCUUGUCUUGGAGCUGUUGUAAAUAAAGUUACACAUAAUUAUCAGCUUGUCAGAGAUUGUUUCCAAAAAUUCUUCGUUGUUUUGUUAGUGUGCAAGAAAGAAGAUGAGAAGAAUCCGGACAAUGAAAAUCUUAAAGCUAAACGCCCUAAAUUACUGCGAUCAUUGUUUACUGUGGGAUUGUUUUGUCGCCAUUUUGAUUUUGAAACUAUGGAUACUGGUAUAGAUCAAAAUGGGCAAAUUUCUUUAAAAGACAGAGUUUUCCAGUGUAUUAUCUAUUUUAAUCAGCAUCAUGAUGAAGUUAUCCGACUGAAAGCUCUGACAGGGCUUGGUUUUAUAAUGAUUCGGCAUUAUGACUUCAUGCUCGGUCCAGAUGUUAAAUCACUGUACCAUUAUAUUUUAACAUCUCCUGCUGCAUCUUCUGUUUUAAAAUGUCAAAUUUUGAAAAAUAUCACAAAUUACCUUGUUGAAGAGGAAUUGAGGAUGAUUCAGAAAGAUGCUGAAUGGAAUAAACUAUCAAAGACUGAAGAUUUAAAAGAAAUGAAUGAUGUGACAUCUGGAAUGGCUAGUACUAUCGUGCAGAUAUACUUAAAACAAAUUCUUGAAUGUGUUCUUAAUACAGAAUUAGCUGUACGCAAAGCAACCCUUCAGGUCAUUCAACUUAUUCUCGGACAGGGGUUAGUACACCCUGUUCAGAUGGUACCAUACUUAAUAUGUUUAGGUUCUGACGAUGAUCCUGUAGUUAGAACCAAAGCUGAUCAGAUGGUACAAGAGAUAGAGAAAAAAUACCCUGGCUUUAUUCAAAUGAAAGCAAUGUUUGGUGUGAGAAUGUCAUUUAAAAUGCAACAGUUAAUACAUAAAGAUACUGAUAUCCUUCGAGGCUUUCGCUCACCAGAAGCACCUGUUGCUCGAAAUGGUUUCUUGUACACUGUUAUGAGAUCUACUCGGCAAAGUCGAAGAGCAUUUCUUUUCUCAUUGUUAAAACUCUUUGAUGAACAGGCAAGAACACCUUUAACAGAGCUUUUGUACAUAGCAGAUAACAUUGCAUAUUUUCCUUACAUGGCACAAGAUGAACCGCUGUUUAUCAUGAAUCAGUUGGACAUUAUGCUUUCUGUGUCUGGUUCUAACUUGUUGCAGACAUUUCGUGAAAGCCUUCUUCAAAAUUCUCAGCCAGGUGAGCAGAACACGACCAACAAUGAAGAUGAUUUUGAUGAAGACGAUGAUGAUAAAGAUGCCAUCUUGCAACGUUUUCCACCAGACACAUCAGUUCUUCAAGAAUGCAUUAUAGCAUCUCAAGGUUGUGUCUUACUGCUGUAUCUAAAACAAACCUUGAAAGAAAUGUAUGGUUUCACUGAUAACAAGAUUCAACAAUAUUCACCCAAUGAGAAUGCUAAAGUCUAUGAAAGACCUUUGAAUCGAAAGGGACAUGUCCGAUUCAAUCCAGAAACUGUUUUAGACUUCAUCAAAAAUGAAGAGCUUAAACUUGAAGGGGAAUUGGAUGAUAAAGGCAAGGAAGAAUUGGUAAGCCAGUACAUUCACUUCAAGCAGUUAAUGAUCAGUAUUGACCCUGCAGAUGAUGAUGACGAUGAAGAUAAUCAAGGAAAAACUGUUGCUACCAUUGUGUCUAUACCAAAUGCAUCAUCAGGAGAAAAGACUGAAGGGGCUGAAGGAGACAGUAAACCAUCUCAGCCACCUAUAGAAAAAACUAGAAUUGUGAUAACUAAAAAAAGUAAAUCUCCAUCACACAGUCGGCACCACAGAAAAUCCCCAAAAGUGACUAAAGAAAAGGUAAAGAAGAAGCACAAAAAGAAGCGAAAACGUAUAAUAGACUCUGCUUCAGAUGAUUCAGGUAGUGAUCCAGAUUAUAUGGACUCUUCAUGAUGGAAAUCAUAAUACAUAGUUUUAAACUCAUGUGAGCCUAUUUCUGUGAUCAUUUGUGCUAUAUCUCUUCAAGAAAAUGGUUGUGCAAAGGCUGUCCCAUGGAGUCAUUUCCAUUUGAGGAAAUAGGCUACUUCAUAUAAAAAUGCAGGAUGAAAUUGACUUUCUGUAAUUAGAUGGAUUGUCCACAACUGACAUUGUACAGAAUGUUCAUCAAAACUGAAUUCCCACAUUUAUCUACAUAUAUUUUAACAAUGUAAGUGUUAGAAGAUGUGGGUAUUAUCAUUACAUAUAAAUUGAUGUAAUUUAUUUAUUAUGAAUGAAUUUUUUAAAAAAUUUACCAGAUUAUAUUUAUAUAUAUUUAUAUAUAUAAAAUCAUCAAUGAACUUUUAUGUACCUAUAAAAGUCUGUUGGCUUGUUUGGCAGCAGUUUUAAAAUUGUUGGGUGUUCUACAGUCAUUAUAAAGAAAUCAUCUUACCAUACCUUCUGUAACAUUUUUUUAUCUCCGUAAUUCAUACUGUUAUAACAUACUGUAGAAAAUUUAUAUAUUUGCAAGCAUUUUAAGUAUUUAAUAAAAAGAGGAUUCAUUUCAGCAUAUUAUCAAGAUUUCUAAUUUGAUAUAGUCACCAUCCUUUCUUUUUGUGCAAAUACUGUUUUUAGUAGCCUUUUGGGCCAAAUAAUUUAUUACUUUGAAUAUUGUUGAAUCUUGCUUUUUAAAAUAAAAAGGAAUAAUUCUUUUCUUAAUAUAUGAAGCUUUAAGAAACACAGUUAUUCAAAUCACUUACAAUGUUGAAGGGGUGUCUACUAAUCAUAAAUUUCCAUGUAGGAUUUAGGUUUUAUUAAAAAACUAUCUUUCUGAAUAUAGAAAACUGUCAUCAUUUGUCAACAUAUUUUUAGAUCUUUUAAUCUAUUGUUAUUAGUUUUCAUGUGAAUACUGUGCCAGCAUUUACUAACGUUUUGCAUGUAAUGUCUAAAUGGUUUUUACAACAAAAACAGAGUAUCAAGAAAAUAUAUUAAAACCCUCAUAAAUUCUUGACUGGGAAAAAUCUGAUUAUGUUUUAAAAUUUGAGCUUGUCUUCUUACAAACAUGAAAUUUAUUUAUUUAAAUGUUGAAAGCUCAUAAAUAUAUUGAAAUUUUAAUUUCCUGGUCUUAAUAAAUGACAUGUUUUAUUUUCUUAUUUAUUUUAUGAAAACAUACUUUUUUUUGGUAGGCACCCUGAUUAAUACUUUGAUGUUCACACUUGUAGCAGAAAAACUGUCAUCAUAUGCCAGCAUACUUUUAGAUCUUAUGGUCUAUUGCUAGCAUUUGCCGUUAGUUUUCAUGCACCAUCAAUGUUGUGCCAGCGUUUACUGGUAGUUUUGCAUGUAAUGCCUACGUGGCUUUACAAAGAGCAUGGCAGACAGCAAAGUGUUAGUACCUGGCCAUUUUCUGUUCAAAAGAAAGAUUUCCUCUUUUACCAAAGACUUUUUGAUUUGGUAUUAAUAUUCUUGUACAUAAAAAUAGAUUAAUAAUGAUAUUGUUUUGUGUUUUCGAAAUUUUAAUGGGUUCUGUAGACAUAUUACAUGUUUGUCUAUGCAAUUGGAAUUCUAAAUUCUUUAUGAUCAAUUUUGUUAUCAGUUUUAUACCAAUAAAACAUAUGAAAAUGAAGGUUUUUGAGAUUUGUUUUCCAUUUUUUUGUUACAACUACUAUUAAGAUCAAAACCUCUGAAAAUAUUAUCUUUAACCAAAGAGGACAGAACUAGGACAAUUAUGUUCUUGAUAGACAAUAUAUAAUGGCUCCCAAAAGUGUUCCUACUCUUUUUAAGUGUGAAAAAUUUGCUGUAGCUAGGAAUCGAAUUCAGGUAUAAAGUCCAGUGUUUUUUCAUAUCUUCUUGUGCUAUCUUUGAUUUAAAAAAUCGAUUUUAUUGAUAUUAUUAUUUAUAAGAAUAAAAAUGAAGGA